UGCGGACGCCUGGGGGUAUCAUAGUCCAAAAAGUGUACGCACACGCACAGCAGGGUUCUAGAAUAUUGGACUGUUGGCUUUCAUACUUUUCGAAUUCUCAGCGCAGCUCAAGCAAUUUCUUCAACUGUCAACACAUUCAAAGGAAUAGAGGACUUGUACCAGAGACGCGUUGGUUGGGCAUUGUGGUGAGGCGAUAUGACGUGUACCACUCUAAGGUAAACAGAAAGAAGAAUUUUGGACAACCUUUUACAAGAGACAUGUAGUAGCAGAAUCAUCCUGUGAUGAGUGUGAAGGUCGUGGUGGUGGGUGGAGGUGUGGUGGGCUUCUCCACGGCUGUGUGCAUCGCUGAGGCCCUCCCCUACUGCUCUGUGACCCUCAUAGCUGACAGGUUUACCCCAGACACCACCAGCGACGUGGCUGCUGGGAUCCUGAUUUGCUCACCGUUCCCAGAUAUCCCUCUGGAACGGCAGCAGAGGUGGUUCAAGGAGACGAUUGAUCACCUGCUGGCUAUCGCCCAAUCAGAACAGGCAUCAGAGGCUGGGGUGCUGCUCAGCUCAGGAUGGCAAAUACACAAGGAGGUCCCUGCGGAUAAGGUGCCAUUCUGGUCUGCGUUUGUGCUGGGUUUCCGAAUCAUGACAGACCGUGAACUGAAACGGUUUCCCGAUCACAAGUUUGGCCAGGCGUUCACCACGGUGAAAUGCGAAUGUUCCAACUACCUGCCAUGGAUGGAGAAGAGGUUUAGAAAAGCAGGAGGCCAGGUUGUGAAGCAGAAAGUAAACGAUCUCCAGGAACUAAGCAGCCAGGGCUAUGACGUCAUCGUCAACUGCUCCGGUCUGGGUGCCAAGUCUCUAGUAGGAGACUCUCAAGUCUACCCUGUCAGGGGGCAGGUCCUCAGGACCCAGGCCCCCUGGCUCCAACACUUCAUCCGGGACGGGGAAGGACUGUCCUAUAUCUACCCAGGGAUGCACAGCGUGACAGUGGGCGGCACCAGGCAGGUGGACGACUGGCGCCUGGAGGUGGACCCAGAGGACAGCCAGGACAUACUGGAGCGCUGUAGCAGGCUGGAGCCAUCCCUGAGCAGGGCCAGGAUCCUGGGGGUGUCUGUGGGGCUGAGACCCAGUAGGAAGAAUGUCCGGGUGGAGAGAGAGAUGGUCCUUCUGGGGAGCCGACAGGUACCGGUGGUGCAUAACUACGGCCAUGGGGGCUGGGGGGUCACUCUGAGCUGGGGCACGGCCCUGGACGCAUUGGGGCUGGUCAGGAAGUGUCUCCAUGAGAUGCGCCCCAGGGCCAGGCUCUGAACACUACGCAGAUUCUCGGUCAUAGAAAUCCUGAUAGAAUAUCUUCAUGAUAUAAUUACUUGAUCUGCACCGUUUUGGGUCACAAUUAGUGAUACCUGCUGCCAUUGCACUUGAAUUAAAUGAAAGCGAGAGAUACGAUUUUGCUCACUUGAUAUAAGAUGCAAAUUAUUUUAUGAAUGAAAUCUCCACUGUGAAAAGUUAUUUGAAUUUAGUCAUUUGAAUGUUAUAGAAGCUACCAAGACAUCGAAUUAAUGCACUUAUGGAUUCUACUGAACAGUACUUUUAGACGUGGCAAAACCCCUCAGGGAGAAGGAUAUUUCAGACAAGCAAUUGAUAAUGGCUGCGGUAGAAUAGUUAAAAAGGUACAGGGGCUUGACAUUUCAGUAAGUGAUUGUUGUAAAUUUUGUCUGAUGUUUCAUGUUCAGAUGUCUCAGAUUUAAUCAAUUCUAACUUUGCAGAAAAAUAAAAUCAAAGACCUUGUUUUUUUUAUUGCUUUAAUCACACUCAACUUCAUACAAUAUCUUAAUAAAACAAAUUCUGUAUUCCUCAGUCACAGUAUUUCACGUCCAGUAUUAA